AGGAUUGUCCAUUCUAUGGUAUGGCGGGUAUCAAGUUAGGAUUAUUAGACCUUCUUUCCAUUCUAUGGUGUGGCUUCUUGGAAGUAGGAAGUAGAGUAGCAUAUGUCUGUCGUCUUAUGUUUAAUUAUAUUUCAAACCCUUUCAGGAUUGUCCAUUCUAUGGUGUGGCGGGUAUCAAGUUAGGAUUAUGAGACCUUGUUUCUUUUAAUCCUAUAGACGAGAAGGGACAAGAAAUACAUCAAUUACCCAACACAGACAUGUUCUCCUUGUUCUAUGGCCUUUAUAAGUAUAUGUUCAGUAAGACGGAGUUUCAUGUGCUCAUUCUUGGGAUUGACAAGGCAGGGAAGACGACCUUGCUAGAAAAGUUGAAGACAGUGUACUCGAAUUCUGAAGGCCUCCCCCAUGAUAGAAUUGUUCCAACCGUUGGACUCAAUAUUGGUCGUCUUGAAGUGUCGAAUUCCAAGCUUGUGUUCUGGGACCUGGGCGGGCAGAUUGGCCUUCGCUCAAUUUGGGAGAAAUAUUAUGAAGAAGCACAUGCUGUAGUGUAUGUAAUUGAUGCUGCUUGCCCUUCUCGUUUUGAAGAUGCAAAAUCUGCUUUAGGUAUGUUGCAUUUACUUUGUUUCUUCAUGGAAGAGGCGAACAUCUGGACAUGAAGGUAAGUGACCAACUUCGAGUUUUGUGUUGAUUCUUGACAGAGAAAGUGCUUAGGCAUGAUGAUCUGCGAGGUGCCCCUCUUCUGGUGUUGGCAAACAAACAGGACCUUCCAGAUGCUGUAACAGCUGAAGAACUGGGUAGAUAUCUAGACCUGAAGAAGUUGGACGAAAGGGUUUACAUGUUCGAAGCUGUUUCAGCAUAUGAUGGGUUGGGUAUCAAAGGAAGUCUAGAAUGGCUAGUUGAGGCAAUGGAACGGAGCAAGCGAACUGAAACAUUGAGACUGCGUGCAGGGAUGGCUGGUCCUGGUGUCUAGCAACACAAUCUAUUUUGGAAUCAAGAUGAGGAACCUUUCACCACCUGGCUUUUCAGUAGAUUCUGUAAAUAUGCUACAGAGGGUUACGCAGCAUCCUACUUGGGCGACUAGUGUACUAAUUCUGCCAUAGGAUGCAUAUUCUUUCGCACUCCACUUCUCUACUGCAGAGAAGCAAGUUAGUAGUAAGGGAGUGAACAUGAUUACACAAUCCACUGGGAAAACUUAUGUGUAAUGAUAACUGGUUCAUGAUGUAGGCUUUUUGGCCUGAUGAGCUCAUAGAUUUACUUAGAGAUACAAUGUUGAAAGAAAGUUCAGAACUUUUCUGCCAUAUCCAUGACUUUUUACAUUUCUGCAAAAGAUUGAAGCUUAUAAAUACUCAUGAGAGAUUGAACUGGCAAUUCAGAAAUAGCGAAUCAAAUCACGCUAUCCAUUCCCCAUUCGAUCUGCCCUUUCCAUCAGUUCUUAGAGCUAGUGCUGCUGGCUCGUUCCUUCACUGCCGGUUCAGGAGGUUCUGGAGAUUAGGGCCUUGGGUCUGGUCUUGAACAGAAUCUUGUGCCGUAUGACGCCCACAACGUCCAGCUCCACCUUGCCUGAAGAGGAGCCGUCACCUUGGUCACCGUCGUCCGUUCGCUUGACUUUCUUCAGCACGGCCAGGGGCUUCUUCAAGGUGACCUUCGUUCCCGACAGUUCGUGAUAACCGAUCGUGAGAGUGUACUUUUCGUCGGAGGAAGGCCGGCAAAGGCGUCCGAUUUCGAGGUUCUGGAUUCCAUCUCGAUGGGAAGGCUGGACCUCGACAACGCCUUGCAGCUCCACGAUCGCCCAUUCCGGACAGUUCUCAGCGCCGCAGCUGCACUUCACCUCAAUCUGCAUCUUCUUCUUCUUCUUCUCUCUCUUCCUCUGUGUCUCAGAGUCUCUCUCUCUAUAUCUCAGUGUCUCUCUCUCACCCGCAAAAGCAGAAACAGGGAAGAGAUUGGCGGGAACCAAACCCCGCUUUCCCGCCAGCGAUUUGC